AUGUCUUAUCAACAGCAACAGUGCAAACAGCCCUGCCAGCCACCUCCUGUGGUCAAAACUCCCAAGUGCCCGGAGCCCUGCCCACCUCCAAAGUGCCCGGAGCCUUGCCCACCUCCACCUUGCCCUGAGCCCUGCCCACCUCCACAACAGAAAUGUCCUCCUGUGCAGUGUCCCCCACCCUGCCAGCAGAAGUGCCCGCCCAAGAGCAAGUAA